AUGCGUCUGCUGGGUCUGCUGUAAUCAGUAACCGGCAAAUUGCAAAACAUUUACCCGAUGUGAACCUGAAAAGCUCGGAAACAAGUCAAUCUGAGUAAAAUUAACCAAUUUUAGUUUACACUAGGCUGAGCAAUGACUGCGAAUCACAUCGUGAUAGGUGGCGGAACAGGGUUCAUAGGAACCUCAUUGGUCAAUGCUUUUAAACAGCGAGGCUUCUGCCCAAUUAUAAUAUCUCGUAUGCCGGGACCGUUUCGCAUGUCUUGGCGUGAUCUUGAGCGCGAUGGUUUACCAAAGAAUACGACUGCAGUGGUGAAUGUGGCAGGACAGAAUAUACUUGAUCCAACACAAAGGUGGACUCCUGGAUUUAAGCAAAAUGUGUGGAACAGCAGAGUCGAAACUACCAAGGCGCUGGCUCGGGCCGUCACUGCCUGUCCUCCCAAAGUCUUUGUUAACAUAUCUGGCGUCGCUUAUUAUCCACCCGACCAAAAGGAAUACAACGAAGAGAGCAUCUGCAACAAAUAUGAUUUCUUAUCAGAACUCUGUCACGAGUGGGAAGACGCAGCUAAGCUGCCAAAGGAGCUGAACGUGCGGCAGGCUAUCAUUAGAUCAGGUGUCGUGCUUGGUAGAAAGGGAGGAAUGAUCAAGCAGAUAUUUAUCCCGUUUUAUCUAGGAGUAGGUGGUCCCAUUGGCAGUGGAAAGCAGCCCAUGCCUUGGAUACAUAUCGAUGAUAUUUCUAACAUGUUCGUAAACGUUGUGGAAAACGAGAAUUUAUCCGGUACAUUCAAUGGAGUUGCACCUCAGGUUGUAACCAACAAGGAAUUCACAGACGCUUUUGCCUCCGCUCUUUGGAGGCCGGCUAUAAUCCCAGUUCCUGAAUUUGCUCUAAUGCUUGCAUUUAACAAAGAAAGGGCGAAGAUCAUGACGGAAGGACAAAAAGUUAUCCCAAAACGGGUCUUGGAUUCGGGAUUCAAAUACAAAUAUCCAACGAUCGAUUUGGCCUGCAAGGAUAUUGCAAAAUGGUGAUGAAGCGCUCGGCAGUUAUGGCCGAAGGAAUAUCGAAUAGAAUUUUCAGUCAUAAAGUGCUAGCAUAGUCUGUGGAAGAAAUUUUGAUGUUUCAGUCAUCUUUAUACUCAUAGAAGCAUUACUUGUUUUGAUAUAAAUACAAAAUAUAUGCAUGUAUAUCACCUGUUACGAAGAUCUUGUCUCAAUUGUGAAGACAUGAAACAGCUUUGCUUACGAAACAUAUUAUUUGACAAUCAAUUACUUAUUUUCACAAUUAAAAUCUUGACAG